AUCAUCACCAGGGAAAAUUCACGGAAAAUUCCCCCAACAUCCCUUCGAACAUUAUUUUUUCAAGGUCAAGCACGGAUGCAACGUAUGGCCGCGGUUUUUAAAUUUCUCUCGAUUGAAUGUCGCCGAACGACCGGGCACCGAAGAGGGGGCCAACCACCAGUGGCUUCGGAAUACGUUUUGUAACGUCUUGGUGAAAACGCCGAGACAAGUGGAUGUCUGGUAUAUUCGUAGAGGCGUGUGCAGAGUGAAAUGUGCCAUGCGUGCUGUGUAAGUAGGCGGCGUUUUGUGCGAUCGAUGGGGCUCGAGAGGAUGCUCUAGUUUAUAAAAAAAAACUAGGUGCAAAAAGAGAUGGAAAUGUGUAUAAUGUAAAUGGGUAUUCAUAACUCUGAGCGCUACUGAAGGAGGCUGGACGUAUCGAUUCGGCACUCGGAGGGAAUAAUGUGAUAUUUCAGUGGUUAAAGGGAACACUUAUGAUACAGAGGAGAUGUUUAUACUUCAAUGGAUUUAAAAAGUGAUGAGACGAUUUAAAGACGAAGGGAAUGAAUUUGUUGCGGUAAUUAAGAAUUUUUUUUUCCACUUUUAGAAUCUCCUCCGAAGACAAUUGUUUGUAUUUUUAAUCAUCAAUUUGUAUUUUUUAUCAUCAAUUUUUCCCCCUGAUCUUUUUUGUCACCCUCUUACAUUGUUUGACCCACGAAAAAAUCCCCUCCCCAUUUGUUCAAUCACAUGAGAAAGUGAAUGAGCGAACGAAUGAAAUUUUCAAUCCAUUCUAUUGAAAAUUUCUCUCCGGGUGAAUUUCUUUUCCCGAAAAAUUUUCCGGGGCAUUUUUUUCUCCGAAAAAAAAAAUCGCUCACGGUUUUUUUUCACUCUGUGGGAGACAGUGAUUGAGUGGGCAAUUAAGUUUGGAAUAAAAACGCUCCAAAGUGCACGCGAUUUGGUCACAAUGCAAGCGGUAUUGCCCCGGGAUGAUAUCCCCUUCUGCUAGUCGGCUAAAAAGCGGACGCGAUACGUUUGGUUUAUCUACUGGUGGCUCGAGUCUCUUCGCAUCGAUUUGCGGUUCACGUUGAACGUGAUACAGACACUGGGGCACAACCGUGAGAGCUGUUCCCUCGAAGUCUCCGGUCGAGCGUUGAUGUUCGGAGGUUCAUCGAGUUAUCAAUAAAUCGUUUAUGAUCUCUCGCUUUUUUUAACAUUUUCUGCUGAUGGGAAUUGACAUGGGCGGGCUCUGGACGUGGAUGACGCUCCUGAUUUGCAUCGAGAGCUAUGCCGUCAAGGAAAUUGGGGCUGGGGGUGCUCAGGGUGGGUUCGAUCUCGUGAGGAGGGUGACUGGGGCUCAGAUCCAUAAGGCUGUCCUCACACAACGAGGGUACAUUCAGUUCUUACGGUGGGAGUUGUCAGUGCCUGAAAUUCAUGAAUUCACGUUCUGCGAGUGGAUCAAGUCCACGAACCUCACCUACCCUCACUCGAUAUUCUCGUAUUCGAAAAAUGGGACGGAUCGGCUGGUGCGCGCGUGGAUAUCGCCGUUUGGUAGGAGCCUUCAUCUGGAGAUCAACAGCAUCGAGAUACUGGCGGAGCCAGCGAUUAUUCUUGAAGACCAGUGGUACCAUAUUUGCCUGAGUUGGGACAAUCGGGAGGGCCGGUACGGGCUUUGGGUCGAUGGGAAAAUCAAAGUUGAUGAUUUCUUUCUAGGGAUGGCAGGACAUGUGAUACCAGCAAGUGGUGAUCUAGUUCUUGGUCAGGAGUUCACCGAUUUCGAUAAGGGCUUGGAGGAGGGGAUAGAAGGUGCUGUGCUGGGUUUCAAUCUCCUGCUGGCGUCGGCGUUCGAUGUGAAAUCGCGAUUCAUCGAGAUAAAUAAUCUCGACGAGGGGCCGAUGGUGGCGCCUAUCAACUUUCCGAAAUAUCCGGGGUCGGGUGUCCGGGGGGGAGUGAGCUCUGGACAACGACGUCCAAUACAUUCCAAUUACCCUCCCUCGGCGAUGUAUGCGCGAAAAUCAGGGUCUCGUGGCGCGGCCCAUCACCGAAUCAGGGAGACGAGGCAGACGGCACGUACACCUCUGGGACUGAGGCUGAUUGAAAAUGGUUAUUAUCACUGCGAGGAGGGACGCGGCAGCCCUUACGUCGGGGGAUCCAAACUACUCGUCUCCUGGACAAGAACUCCUGUUAGAGUUUUUGGAGGAGCUGUUUUGAAAAAUGUUGACAGCCAGUGCGGAAUUUUUCAUUCCUGAGAAUAUUUUUAAUGAAUAAUUCUGUUUGGGUGGGGGAGAUGAGGCAGUUCACUCCUCUUGAAUUAUUGGUUCUGAUCAAUAUCUCAAAUUAAUCCAUUCCGGAUAAUUUUUCUUUUUCUUACUGCAUUUUUUGUAUUGUUAUGGCUGAAUAAAAUCGGUUGAUUGUUGAAAAAUCAUUGAAUAGGAACUGAAAUGUCAAGUUGAGAAAAAUUUCGUUAAAUAAAGUUCAUAUUAGAAAUGGAAUAGUUAUAACGA